AUGAAGCCUUUCGCUCUUUUCCUCUCCCUCUUCGUCUUCUUCGGCCUGGUUGCCGCAUGGUCUAAAGAAGAUUAUGAGAUCUUCGGUCUUCAGAAUGAUGUGGCCACACACGAAGGUGCAAACGUGACUUUCUACGAUUUCCUCGAGAUUCGCCCCAAUGCCAAUCAAGAACAGAUCACCAAAGCCUACCGCAAGAAGUCCCGUACCCUGCACCCGGAUAAGGUCACUCGUGCCUUUGUCGCCAACUACUCCAAGGACAAGUCCAAGGCCAAGUCCAAGCAGGGCGUCAAUGUGAACAAGGGUCCUUCUAAGCGUGAGAUCGAUGCUGCCACCAAGGAUGCCCACGCCCGCUCCACUCGUCUCAACCUUGUUGCCAAUGUCCUACGUGGCCCCGGCCGGGAGCGCUACGACCACUUCCUCAAGAAUGGAUUCCCCCUGUGGAAGGGUACUGGAUACUACUACUCGCGCUUCCGUCCUGGACUGGGCUCUGUGCUGGCCGGUCUGUUCCUCGUCUUCGGUGGUGGUGCGCACUACGCUGCUUUGAUCCUUGGGUGGAAGCGCCAGCGCGAGUUCGUGGAUCGCUACAUCCGUCAGGCUCGCCGGGCUGCUUGGGGUGAUGAUAUGGGAGUGCGUGGUAUUCCUGGAAUCGACACUGCUGCUGAGCCUCCUGCCCCUGAGGCGGAGAGUGCGGGUGCGAUGGCUGUCAACCGUCGCCAGAAGCGCAUGAUGGACAAGGAGAACAAGAAGGAGAAGAAGGGCCCUCGGAAUGCUCGUGCUUCUGGUACUUCUACUCCUACUGAGCAGCCUGCCAACCCCGAGCGUGCUAGCGUUGGGGAGCGGAAGCGCGUCGUUGCCGAGAAUGGCAAGACGCUGAUCGUUGAUUCCGUUGGCAAUGUCUUCCUGGAAGAGCAGAACGAGGAUGGCGAACGCCAGGAGUUCCUCUUGGAUAUCGAUCAGAUUGAACGCCCUGGUAUCCGCCAGACUAUGGUGUUCCAGCUUCCCCUCUGGGCCUUUAACCGCACCGUGGGCCGGGUGUUGGGAACUUCCCCUGCUGAGGUGGAGGUUGAUUCUGACGAAGCCGAGGAGCCUGUUGAGGAAGCUGAGACUACUGCUACCUCCAACACUCGCUCUCGUAAGCGUGGAAAGCGCUCUCAGCGGUCAUGA